CUGUCCUUAACAGAAGGAGAGAGACUAGCAAAACUGACCAUGGCAGCCCUUAUCUCCACGCUGCAAUUGCUCUUCCUUGGGGCUCUGAUUUCCCCCGUCUACUUGCUGGAUGCUUGUGAACUGAUCCAGGAUACCACUCAUCUUGGCUCUUACAAUCUAUCUGUGAUCCCUGAUGACUACAAGGCAAACACAAACUACAAUGUAACCAUCAGUGGAGCCAUCAACAGCAGCUCAGUUAUCCUGCAGGCCGUCAAUAGCCAGAACUCCUCUGUGGGCCAGUGGGAAAAACCAGUUGUGAACUGCAGCAACGGCCUCUCAAGGCAGCAAAAUAUCACCAACACAGCCACAGUACAAUGGAAAUCUCCAACCAAUGGGACAGACAGGGUGGAAAUAAGGGUGUUUGUGACGUUUUCCAAUGGCUCUACACUGCUCCAGAAGACAACCCUGAGUACAGCAUCUUCAAUCACACCUGCAUCGACAACAAGAAUACCCACCACCAGUUCCGUCUCCACAGUGCAGGCCAGCUCCUUCCUCCUGGCAGCUGUCCACCUGCUGUCAAUCUUUGUUACCGGCAAACUGUUCUCCUAGUGGGAAACGCACCCCAGUUGAGCCACGCCCUUCCAUCUUUGCUUUCUACCUGGAUGCAAGGGUGGACAGCUGAUCUACUCAGGAAGUCUCUCUUCUACUGUUAUGUAUUUAAGCAUGAUGACUGCACUUUCUUUUACACCCUACUUGACCAGAGAGCUGACACCCAACCCCAUUGCCAGCAGCAGGAAACACAGGAAGAAAUUCUGGCACAUACUUGUCUCAAGAGUUUUCAUGAGCUGAAAUGUUCUGUAGCAAGUCAGGAUUCGAUACAUUCAUAGAGUGUAGAAUAGCGUCGGGUAGAGUAAUCUGACAAAAGGUGAUUGAACAAGGUAACACCAAGGGUUCCUUCCAUCCUGAUCUCCUAUAGUUCUAUGAAGCAGAGACAGCAUGUGCCUUCCACCAGGAGGGCUAAACUGCUUUCCACAUUAGGGCACUGCAGGUUGAUAAAUGGGCAUGGGGAAGGGUCUUCCACAGCUGCUGCUGCAUCCCAUUUGCUGUGGACACAUCCCAUUUGCAGUGUCUUUCUGAGCCAGUACCUCCUGUAUGUGACUUACCAAGUCUACAGGGCCCUGACUGGGGAGGGGCACUGUAAUCAGUCGGACUUGCAGAGAAUUGUGAAGGGCAGGGCAGACUUACACAGUUCAGACUGAUUUAAAGCCUGCAUGGGAUACAAAUUUAAAUGAUCAUUAAAUAAGUAAAUACACCCUGUUUUUCAGUCUAGCCUGCCAUAUGGAGGUAAGUCCUUUCCAUAAAUCAAGCUAGAACCCCCUACUGGCAGGGCCUCUCCAUGAAGGCCCCCUAACUGGAAUUCCCUGCCAGUUUCAAUCCUUGGCCCAAGAUAACCUGUUGUACUUCAGGGCACCCUGCAAUACCCUCCUUGAUUUUUCUCUGGUGUUUUGGGGCAGAACCCUGAGAUGAAGGAAGGGUUAGAUCUCUGAAAUGAGUAGGAAUAUUUUUAAUAGACAGCAGAUGAUUUUUACUGCCAUGUUGGCUGGGACGUGCCGUUGAAUUUGUUGAUCCAUUUUCUUGUUGAGAUUUUUGGGGGUUUUUGUAUGGACUGCAUUCGUUUAGAAAUUGUUAAAUGGCCGUAGAGAAGUAGAUUUUCUUACACAAAUCUAAAUAAAUU